AUGGCCCCUCAGCAGUGCCUUGUUUGGAUAGCACUCCUUGCGGUGCCUCUCCUGUGUUACGUGAUGACGUACACUAGAAGAGCUGCCUGCCGGUGGCCGCCGGGCCCCCGGUCGUGGCCCAUUGUCGGCAACCUCCUCGACCUGCGCGGCGGCAACCUCCACCACAACCUCGCGCGCCUGGCGCGCGCCCAUGGCCCGGUGAUGACGCUCAAGCUUGGCGUGGUGAGCACCGUGUUCGUGUCCUCCCGGGAUGCGGCGUGGGAGGCGUUCGCCAAGCAUGACCGCCGUAUAGCGGCGCGCAACGUCCCGGACACGAGGCGCACCGUGGGGCACGCCGACCGUUCCAUGGUGUGGCUACCGAGCUCCGACCCGAUGUGGAAGACGCUGCGUGGUAUCGCUGCCACGCAUGUCUUCUCACCGCGCAGCCUCGCGGCUGCGCAUGGCGCCCGUGAGCGGGCCGUGCAACACAUGCUGGACAUCUUCCGCGGCCGCGCCGGGCUGGAGGUCGACAUUGGCCACGUCCUGUACCACAGCAUUUUCGACCUGCUGACCAACACGAUCUUCUCCCUCGAUGGCCAGGACAAGCUGAGGGACCUUCUCGAGGACAUCGUGGGGCUGCUGGCCGAGCCCAACAUGUCAGACUUGUACCCAUUGCUGCGGGUGCUCGACCUGCAAGGGCUUCGCCGCUGGACGGCCACACACAUGAACCACGCCUUCCAUAUGCUGGAGAAGAUCAUCGACACGCGGCUGGGCGAGGGUAAGCAUUAUCAUGGGGACGUCCUGGACGCACUGCUGACGGUUAUGACCACCGGCAAGCUGAGCCGCCAAGACGUGAAGGCCAUGCUAUUCGACAUCCUGGCGGCGGGCACAGAGACGACCAAGAUCACUGUAGAGUGGGCGAUGGCGGAGCUGUUGCGGAACCCGGGCGUGAUGGCGGCUGUGCACGCCGAGAUGAAGGCCGCCCUCCCGCAGGAGCCGAAGAGGAUGAUCACGGAGGCAGAUGUGGCGAAGCUGCCAUACCUGCAAGCCGCAGUGAAGGAGUCGAUGCGGCUGCACCCCGUGGCGCCGCUACUGCUGCCACACCUGGUUGUCGAGGAGGGCGUGGAGAUAGGCGGCUACGCCGUGCCCAAGGGCGCCACCGUCAUCUUCAACUCUUGGUCCAUCAUGCGCGACCCGGCGGCAUGGGAGAGGCCCGAGGAGUUUGUGCCGGAGCGUUUCCUAGAGAAGGCGGAGCUCGGCAUGUGGGGGAAGGAGGUCAAGUUUAUCCCGCUGGGAACCGGCCGGAGGCUGUGCCCCGCAUUGCCCAUGGUGGAGCUCCUCGUACCCUUCAUGGUGGCGUCUAUGUUGCAUGCCUUGGAGUGGCGGCUGCCCCAGGGCAUGUCACCUGAUCAGGUGGACGUGACCGAGAGGUAUACAAGCAACGAUACCCUCGUUAUGGAUGUGCCUCUCAAGGUUGUGCCCAUGGUCGCCACCUAG